AUAGAGCUAAUAGCCACCUUGGAAUUAAAGGAGGAAAGAUCGGAAGAUCAUCUCUUUGGUCGGUUGGAGCCAAGUCGAAAGGACAGCUUUCAAGAUUGAGUCAGCGCUAUAAGAGGACAGAAGACAAAGAUUCUCAAGAUAUGGAUAUACUGGCAGAUUUCGACGAUUUUAGUGCAGAAUUGGAGCCACAGUUUGAUAUGGACGAAUCCAGUCAGGCUAGUGAUGAUUUACCUUCGAAAAAGACGAAACAGACAAGAAGGAAACCACGUCGACGAAAGCGAAUGCUGACAGGGGUAAGCAAGCAGAGACGAGCUGCAAAUGAGCGAGAAAGAAGAAGAUUGCAAAUUAUCAAUAAUGCAUUUAUUGGUUUAAAAGAUCUUCUUCCACUUUUACCUGGAGAAGAGAACAUAUCGAAGAUUGAGGUCGUAAAGCUGGCAUCAAGGACAAUUUUGCUUUUGCAGGAAAUUUUGGACGAAGAUGACCAGAAAAGAGAAUCUGAGACUGAAGAAUCUCGCAGCUCUUGUGGGUCAUCGUACAGCUCACGGUCCUGCAGCUCAAUCGACUCAAUCGAGAGCUUCGAAACUAACACAGAGCUCGAUUUGCAGGACAGUCAUGACUUUUCGUAUUUGCUAUUUCCUUCAGAUGACAUGAAACUUGACCCGUUCGGAGACUCUAUGGAUACUGGUUUAAGCAUACCAUCGCCAUGCAUUUCCGACUCGUCAUAUACCUCUUCGUCGAAAGAAAGUUCAGAAUUCCCCUUUAUGGAAGACGAUCCGAUGAAGGACGAUGUCUUUCAAAAAGGACCAACAAUGUGCCUUUGGUGACAAUAAAGAGGUAAUGCAAGAUUCCAGUCAAUGAUAAAAGAACCAUUUUCGACUGAAAUGAUGAAUGAGGUAAAGUUUGAAAUGUGACUUUCGUUUGUAGCUAAUUGUAAAAUUAUUUUAGAAAAAAACUCUAUAGUAGGCCUGUAUUUUACUGCAUUUGUUUGUACAUGUGUUUACAAAAAUAUUUUGACGAGUAAUUUACGAUGCUUUUGUUGCGUAAUCAGUUUUAAUGCCAUCGCAGUUGAAUUAAUCGUCUAGACAAGUCGGGUCCACCACAUCCACUAACAGAAGGCAAUUUCAAUCUCCUCUGCUUUCCUUUAUUUUUCAAAACAUGAUAUUGCAGAUCUAUACCAUAAUAGCCCACUUUUAGGCCAAGCAGGCAUUUCUUGUUGGGUGUAUCAGAGUUUUUUGUCAUUUGCCUCGCGU